CUUCCUGUUGGGGGAGGGGGAAAUGUACGUUCAUACGUACGUACGUGACGUGCGUGCUGCCCAGAGGAAUUGUGACGCAAGCACGUCGCCUCAGUGGCGUCACAAAGCGUGCGGCGGCGGAUUUCCCGUCGUGCCUCGGGGGCUCCCGGUCGCUCGACUCCAGCUGGAGAGACGCGCCUGGGAGUCUCCGGUGUCCUGCGCUCCCGGUGCCCAGGCCACUGUGUCCCUCCCUCCCCGGGAACAUGCCGCGCCGCCCUCCGCAGUGAUCCCCGGACAAGAGGCCAUGACAGCGGCUCCGGUAUCCCCGCGGGAGAUCAGGGAGAGGCUGAUGCAGGCCAUCGAUACGCACAGCAAUAUUGUUAACAUGGUGGCUGUGUUAGAAGUGAUCUCCAGCUUGGAGAAGUAUCCUAUUACCAAAGAGGCACUGGAGGAAACAAGAUUAGGAAAAUUAAUCAACGAUGUUCGAAAGAAGACCAGCAAUGAGGAUCUUGCCAAACGUGCAAAGAAACUGCUACGAAGCUGGCAAAAGCUGAUAGAGCCUGUCCAGCAGAAUGAGCAAUUGGCCAAGGGCACUCCAAAUCCACCAGGUUCUGCCAAUGGAGGUGGCACCCUUAACUGUAAGACUGAGACAGCCCCAGCUGUACUGAGUGGAAAGCCUAUUCAGGAUCUCAAAAUACGGAAUGACAUCCAGAAGGUGCAUUCUCCUAAGGCUGAAAAAUUGGCUAAUAGAAAGCGAAAGGGGGAUCUUAGAGAUGGUACCCAGGGGCCUGCUAACAAAGUGGCCAAACCUAGUCAUGAGCUGUUUCCAAACUCCUCACCCCUACCUACAAAUGGAAUCGGUGGUAGUCCCCCUGAAAGUCUGCUUGAUAGCAGCUCACAGACUAACCGACUGGAGACUGAGAAUGAUAAGCAUGGUAGAAUCCCUGUUAAUGCUGUCCGGCCUCACACCAACUCCCCUGGACUUGUAAAACACCCAAGCACUUCCUCUUUGUUAAAAGUGGCCGUCCUACAGCAGCACAGUGUAGCGUUAGAAGAUGCCCAUUCUCUUCAACCACGUAGUCCCCGCUGUUCUUCUUUCAGCCCUCGUGGCACUAGAGCAGAACUAGUGACACGGCAGCACACCACAUAUGCACCAAAGGGUUCUGCGCCCAGCCCCUCCCAAAGGCUGCCUGGUGUGGACACUGCACAUACACCCGCGUAUCAAUCCCCUGGGCACCCUGCUACACCUCCUGCCAUAGCAAAAAGACUUGAGUCUCCAAGAAGAGAAAUGGCAAUCUCUUCACCUCACAGGCCAGUGGAGCAGCCACUCCCCGCUGACUGGCACCACCAGCAGUCUCCCAGGAUUACACAACAGCACACGCCACGAAGUAGUCAGCCGUACAUGGACCCUCAAACACCGCGCAGUGGCUUUUCACCAGAGCCCUCCAAAAUGGACAGCGAUGAUGCUGCAUCUGGCUCAGACAGUCAAAAGAAAAAGAAAUCCCGUAAUCGGGGUGAACAAGAAGGAUAUUCUACAGAUGGGACUAGCAAACAGACACGAGUAAAAAAGGAUCGAAAGUUAAAAUUUGAUUUCAUGACUGGGCAAAUAAAACCCCUAACACACAAAGAUCCAGCUCAGAAUGAUAGUUCAGCCCCUUCAGAACAGCACAGGACUGAGACAGACAAACAGGACCCCAAAUUAGGGCUACCAAGUCCUUUUGAGCAAACAAACUGGAAGGAAUUGUCUCGAAAUGAGAUCAUCCAGUCCUAUCUCAAUCGGCAAAGCAGCUUGUUGUCUUCCUCUGGUGUACAGACGCAGAGUGCACAUUAUUAUAUGUCUGAAUAUUUAAAACAGGAGGAAUGCACUAAGCGAGAAGCUAGAAAAACUCAUGUUUUAGUGCCACUUGCCCUUCCUAGUGACCUGCCUGGAAAAAACAGGGAAGUAACUAGUGCUGACUUAGAAAGACUACAUGAACAACAUUGGCCUGGUGUCAAUGGCUGUCACGAUACACAGGGCAAUUGGUAUGAUUGGACGCAGUGCAUCUCCUUGGAUCCACAUGGUGAUGAUGGUAGAUUAAACAUCUUGCCUUAUGUCUGCCUAGACUGAGCACCUGUCCCGAGUCUGCUUUCUUAUAUCUGCGGUUUUUUUACUGCAAAUCCAUGGGUCUCUUGGUGACCACUGCUCAAUAUGGAAGAUUUAAAUGAGAGAGGAGUUCCCUGUUUCAGGGAAUGUGGAGGGUGGGGUUGUAGAGCACCUGGAAGAGGAGAAGCUUUGUGUCCACUACAUCCUGGGAAUAGCAUUCCCCUGCCGGAGCUUCCCCUAUGUCUUCUACACCCGUUCUUUUGUGCUAAAUGCUGCUACCGGUUUACUAAAAGGAUUAAAGAAGGGGGUCAAGAAAUGCAAUGGAAGGGUGUGCAAGGGGGUUUAAGUCUGGAGUUUUGAAACUCCUAUAGAAAGUCGGUUGUAAUAAAAAAAAUAUGUGAAAAAUUCAAGUGUUAAGUUCAAAUUUACCCUUUCAAAUGCAAAAAAGUGAAUUUUCCGGUACCUGAUAAAGGGCUGGAAUAAAUUAAAGAAAUAUAUAUAUAUAUAUAUCUAUGAGACAGGUACCUAAAACUUAUGUAAAAGAGGAUUUAAUUAAGUUGAGAAUAAGUUACCAUAACAGAGUAUGCAUUUAUUUAUUUGAAUUUUUUCUUUUGUUUUUAUUUCCAUUUGAAAAAGUUGAGUGUCCCAAGUAGAGGCGUAAAUUCAAGUGUUCAGUUCCAAGCAUAACAACUGGUCCCUAUAUCGUGUGCAGGGGAAGUCUUAAAGUCAUUCAUUUCCCCAUCCUUCCACUAGGUUUUACUUUUUUUUCCUUUAAAAAUGAUUUGUGUUAACUCCUCCAAUAGCCUCUGUAUUUGUGAUGAACCGAUCCCUGAGCUGCUGCUAAUCACUGUGUUUAGAAGCCCAAUACUGAAUGGAAUUUGGUAUUGACUCUUGUUUUAAAAAAGCACAUUUUAUGACUUUAUUUUCAAUGUUUUCAGCUCCCAUCCCCUAUCAUGUCAGUUCGUCACAUGACCCUCACCUCCAAAACUUUAAGGUGACGGAUGGUGCUAACAGCUUCUAAAUUGUCCAGACAAUACAGACAGGGCUGGUUUGUAUGCUGGGUAAACAACAAAAAAAAAACACAAACAAACUUAAAACUACUUGCUAUCAUUCCUUUAGAUGUAAUCUGCCUUAUGGGAUCUCCAUCAGAAACGUGAUUUUUUUUUCUUUUUUUUGCAAAAAAAUAAAACAUAAAAAAGAAAAACAAAAGCCUUAGUUGAAUGUACAGUAAGACUUCUGUAUUUCUGGUAUGCAGAAGAGGGCAACUUUGCUAACUUUGGUCCUAUCGGUGGACAAAUUGUGAUAUAAAUGUGGAAACCAUAAUAAAAAAAAUACAAAUGUG